AUGGCCCGGAAGGGGAGAAAUGGGGAGAAGCAGCUGGCAGAGGUGGAAUCCUACUCCACUCCAGGACUAUGCCAAUCUGUGGCCAUGCUCCCAUCAGCCGGUCACCUCCUGUCCCUGCUGCUGGUGAUAGGCACAGGGGGUGUGGUGCCCAGCCCCCGGGUAGCUCUCCAGGGCUGCUACGUGGCCGAGGAAGCAGGGGAGCAGACAUUCCGCUGCAGCCAGGCAGGCUUGAGCACCGUGCCCACUGGCAUCCCCAACGACACCCGCAAGCUCUACCUGGAUGCCAACCGGCUGGCAUCGGUGCCGGCUGGUGCCUUCCAGCACCUGCCUGUCCUGGAGGAGCUGGACCUGUCCCAUAAUGUCCUUGCCCACCUCUCUGGUGCCGCUUUCCAGGGCCUGGAGGGCACACUGCGCCACCUCGACCUCUCUGCCAACCAGCUGGCCUCGGUGCCCCUGGAGGCCUUCGUGGGGCUGCAGAUCCAAGUGAACUUGUCCGCCAACCCGUGGCGCUGCGACUGUGCCCUCCAGGAGCUGCUCAGGCGGGUGAGGCUGGCACCAGGCACUGGGACGGGCAUUGUGUGUGGCCCAGGAGCCCGACCAGACCUCGUGGGGCAGGAGUUCCUGGCACUGGCAGGGGAGGAAGAGCUGUGUGGGACGGGGCGGGGCGGGGCCCGGCGGAGCACUGAUGUGGCCCUGCUGGUCACCAUGGGGGGCUGGCUGGUGCUCGUGGUGACUUAUCUGGCCCACUACGUGUGGCAGAACCGGGAGGAGACCCGACGUCCCCUCAAGCAGGCACCCGUGCUGCCUGUACGCUCUGAGGACUCCUCUACCCUCAGCACAGUGGUCUGAUGACCAGGACCACUCCUCCGGCCCAUGCCCCACACUCCUGCUUCUAUGCCCUCCCGUCUCCUCCGAACCCCUCUGUCUCCUCUGCAGCCCUUUCCCAUCCCCCAAUUCCACCCCCUUCCUCCUCUGUCUCCCCUAAACACCUGAUCUCUCUCUCAACCAACACCAUCUUUGGUGCCUGAGGUUUUCAGUGCCUACUGUGGGCCUGGAUUGUGCUAGACACAGAGCUUCUAAGUCUAGGUAGCGGGGGGAGGGGGACAACAGAACAGAGAAUGACAGUAGGUGGUAUGUGUGCCAACUCAGAGGUAGGAGCAGGCAGCUCAAGAGGCUGGCGGAAGUGAUCUCAAAGGCUUCACCCACCAGAUGGAUGCUUGA